UUGCAUUAAAAGUUACAAAAAAAUUUCACAUUUGUAUUGAUCAAGUUCAUUGAAGAAAGAGAAGAAGAAAAAUGGCAGGAGGUGGAGGAGGAGGAGGAGCUACACCACCACCUAAACAAGACGAGUUUCAGCCUCAUCCAGUGAAAGAUCAACUACCAAAUGUUUCAUACUGUAUCACAAGUCCUCCACCUUGGCCGGAGGCAAUAAUGCUUGGUUUUCAACAUUACUUGGUGAUGUUGGGCACAACUGUUUUGAUACCAACUGCUCUAGUUUCACAGAUGGGAGGAGGAAAUGAAGAAAAAGCAAUGCUGAUUCAAAAUCAUUUGUUUGUGGCUGGUAUAAACACAUUAAUACAAACAUUGUUUGGGACUCGACUACCAGCAGUUAUCGGAGGAUCCUUUACCUUUGUGCCAACUACCAUUUCAAUCAUCUUGGCCAGUCGCUACGACGAUGACAUUAUGCAUCCUCGGGAGAAAUUUAAGAGGAUUAUGCGUGGAACGCAAGGUGCGCUUAUUGUUGCCUCUAGCCUCCAAAUUAUUGUUGGAUUCAGUGGCCUUUGGUGCCAUGUAGUGAGGUUCAUAAGCCCUCUCUCUGCUGUUCCCUUGGUUGCUCUUACAGGCUUUGGACUUUAUGAGUUAGGUUUUCCAAUGCUUGCAAAAUGUAUAGAGAUUGGACUUCCAGAAAUUGUAAUCCUAGUAUUCCUUUCACAGUUCAUGCCUCAUAUGAUGAAAGGAGGAAGGCAUAUCUUCGCCCGCUUUGCGGUUAUAUUUUCGGUGAUAAUCGUAUGGGUUUAUGCUAUUAUUCUAACUGGUUGCGGAGCUUAUAAAAACGCAGAACAUGAGACUCAGGAUACUUGCAGAACUGACCGUGCUGGACUCAUACAUGGUGCAUCUUGGAUUAGCCCUCCAAUUCCUUUCCGUUGGGGAGCUCCAACAUUUGAUGCUGGAGAAGCUUUCGCUAUGAUGGCUGCUUCAUUUGUCGCACAAAUAGAAUCAACUGGUGGUUUUAUUGCUGUUGCAAGGUUUGCAAGUGCAACUCCAGUGCCACCUUCGGUACUUAGCCGUGGCAUUGGUUGGCAGGGCGUAGGAAUUCUAUUAUCCGGGAUCUUCGGAACCGGGAAUGGAUCAUCAGUUUCUAUUGAGAAUGCUGGACUAUUAGCUUUGACGCGGGUCGGUAGUCGAAGGGUUGUUCAAAUAUCAGCUGGAUUCAUGAUCUUUUUCUCCAUUCUUGGAAAGUUUGGAGCUGUGUUUGCUUCAAUCCCAAUGCCAAUAGUUGCAGCAUUAUAUUGCCUUCUCUUUUCUCAAGUUGGUUCUGCAGGACUUAGUUUCCUUCAGUUUUGCAAUUUGAACAGCUUUAGAACCAAAUUCAUUAUUGGAUUCUCUAUUUUCAUGGGAUUUUCUGUACCACAAUACUUCAAGGAAUACACAGCAAUUAAGCAAUAUGGUCCUGUGCACACUAAUGCUAGAUGGUUCAACGACAUGAUCAAUGUCCCAUUCUCAUCAGGAGCAUUUGUUGCUGGUAUAUUGGCACUGUUUUUCGAUGUAACUUUGCACAAGAGUGACAAUCAAACUCGUAAAGACAGAGGCAUGCAUUGGUGGGACAGAUUCAGUUCAUUCAAGACAGACACAAGGAGUGAAGAGUUUUAUUCUCUACCUUUCAACCUUAACAAGUUUUUCCCUUCUGUGUGAUUAUGGAUUGGAACAUGUUAUUAGUAUGUUAGGUGUGAAUGAAGUUAUAGGAUAUGCACCCUAAAAUGUCUCUUUGUAGGUACAAAUAGUUGUUUAUAAUAAUAACUUGGAAUUUGUUGAUUUCUUCACUCUUAAACAAAAAUCAAGUGAGUGACUUGUUUACUAUCUCUGA